AUGCCACCAUGUCCGUCACACACCAACAAGUCUCGACCCCCUCCAGCACCCAAGCUCUCCCAAAUCCACCACAACUCAGCAUCUCAUGCCUCCCAGCCGAAAUCGCCUUCCACAUCUACACCACCUCCCCACACCACCCUCAAUCACGUCCCUCAACCUUACCUCCCGCUUCUUCUACCACAUCUGAGGCCGGAUCCCGGUGCCGCUCAGGGGGCCUUCUUAGCCCAAGCACAGCAGGAGGUGAGGGAGCACCUAGCUUCGGCGGCAAAGAAGGGGUAUCAGGGACUAUCAAGCAGUCAUGUCUUGCGCUGCACCGUGACGAACAAGAACAGAGAGCUGGUCAGAAACGCCAGGAGCGCUGCCGACGCGUGCAUGCUGUAUGAGACGGCGGUGGCCGCGAGCCAAGACGGUUUAACGACAGGGACCGACCUCGGCAAGCUUGCUGAGCGCGAUGGGAUACUCGCUGCAUGCUACGGCGUUUGGAUCACGGGUACCUUAGGCCUCGAGGAAGGGCGAAAGGGGCGGUUGGAAGCUACGAGCGAAAAGGAGCUGGAUGGGAUGGUGGCGAUGGCUCGACACCUCGUAUUUGACUGCCCCGACGAAGAGAAAUAUCAGGUGAGAAUCGCACACCGGGAGUAUCGAGGUGGUCCCGAGGGAUUUGAGAAGAGGGAGGGGACAUGGGUGUGUAAAUUUGAUCGGGAUUGUCCGAAAGCUUUCUGGGCCAGUGAGGUUUCCAUUGCGGUUGGUAUUGGGGUCAGCAGUCUCGUUCCCCUGCAAGACGAUUGA